CCCCAAGGCCCAAAGCUUUGCAAUGGAUGCAAGGCUAUUUGACGCUUCUCAGACGGGAGAUGUCCGACUUUUGCAUGAAUUGCUGGCAGAGAAUCCACUUCUACUCCAUAGAGUUGCGCUAACUUCCACAGAGAAUCCUUUACAUGUUGCUUCGAUUGCUGGGCAUGUCGACUUUGUCAAGGAGAUUGUGAGGUUGAAACCAGAUUAUGUUGAAGAAAUGAACCAGGAUGGUUUUAACCCCAUGCAUAUUGCAUCGGCCAAUGGGUAUUUGGAAAUUGUAAGGGAGAUGCUGAGAGUUGACAAUGACCGGAGACUCUGCCGGCUACAGGGAAGAGAUGAGUGGACUCCUCUUCAUUAUGCCGCUAGCAGAGGGAGGGUGGACGUAAUUAGAGAAAUUGUCAUGGCUUGUCCAGAAAGUGUUGAAGAUGUGACCGUACAAGGGGAGACUGUUAUUCACCUUGCUGUUAAGUGCAGCCAGUUUAAAGCAAUUAAUUAUUUGGUGGAAUUGGUAGCAGAAAGGAACAAGGUGAACAUCCUGAAUAUGAAGGAUAAGCAUGGUGGCGACUCAGUUCUUCAUCUAGCAACCCGGAAAAAACAACAUCAAGUGGUGGAAGGAUUAGUUGGCAAUGAAACAAUUGCAGGAGCCUUGGAAGUAAAUUCUGUAAACGAUAGGGGUCUCACAGCUUUGGAUCUGGUCUUCCCAAAUGAAACCGGUGAUUGGGAAAUGGAGGCAAUCCUUCGUGGUGCUGGAGCUUUGAGAGCAGGGGAUAUAGUCCACUCUGGUGUCCAAUUCUCCAAUUCUCAUAGCCAUAACCAUAACCACACGUCAUCAGAGACUCAUCAGUUGCAGCAGGAGCAGCAGAAGACAAAUAGGUGGGUAUACUUCCAGUUCAAAAAGAGCAGAGACAGUCCUAGCGAUGCACGUACCGCGCUGCUAGUUAUCGCUUCACUAGUGGCUACGGCCACCUUUCAAGUGGGACUCAACCCUCCAAAUGGAAUUUGGCAGAACAGUAGUGGUGUGAAUAAUAAUGGGACUCGCAGCAGCAAUGAACCAGUACACGAGGCAGGAAAGUCCAUCAUGGGUUCUUAUAGUGAAGUUUCAUUCGUCAUUUUUGUGGUUCUCAACUCGAUUGGAUUUUACUUCUCUCUUUACACCAUGAUCGUCCUCACAGCCAAUUUCCCUCUCCAGUUGGAGCUUCAAAUCUGCAUCAUAGCGGUAUACACCACCUACAGCACUGCGGUUAUCAACAUUGCACCAUCGUAUAACAGCAAGCUCUUUAUCAGCGUCUUCACGUUGGUUUUGCCUUUUUUGAUCGGACUUGCUGCCAAAUGGGCUAGACACCCUGUCACAAUCUGGCUUACAAAACCUCUCGGGAAAUGGAUCCAUCGGUUCUUUGAAUUAAUUGGGUUAUAAAAUUAUUAUUGUAAAUUGUUAUUGAAGGCAUCUUGUACAAUAAUGUGGAAAGAAAACAAAAUAAACAAGAAACUUUGAACUGAUUGUUUAUUUCCACUAUUUAUUUCGUAGAGAUAAAUAGUGUGGUUUACUGCCAUUUCAGAGCUUCCUUUUGAAUUGAAUCUGAGUGCAUUCAAACCUAGAAAUGUUGACUUUAUUAGUUUACUUCCGAGGAUUGACCCCGAUGCAGAUGUUCCACCAUAUAAUGUCACGAAAAUUCGACUGAAAGAUUAUUCAAAGUGUAUCCUGAAUCGUUAUAGGUAUCCAUGCUUAUAUAGUGAAGAAUUCUUUGACCUUGAAAAACAUAUUUUUGAGUUUUAACAGUGCUGCACCUCGGAUUCACGGGCAUUUGAACCUUGAGUAUGUCAAGUUAUUCUUCAUCUAUUGAGAAACUAGCCACCUGCUCGGGCAUAUAUAUAGGCACACUCCAAUAGAAUAAUGGAAGACAUACAUUUCUGGCAGACUUCUUCCAGGUAUUUGCAACUCUGUGUUUCUUAUCGAUAGUAUUAUUAUUAGUAUUCGUUUCCUAUUGGUAAUUGACGUUUGGAUGAAAACAGGAGGAAGAUUUACAUUUGGAGAAUGUGUACUAUUCAGAGAUGAAAGAUGCCGUUUCCUCGACACAGAUUGGGAGUGAUGCACUAACCUCUCGGAUGGAGUCUCGUCCACAGAUAGAGGAAGAGUACGCGCUCUACGGCUUACGCAGUAUCGAAGAUGGUUUUGGUUGUCCGGGAACUCUAGAACUUAGUCGGUAGAUGAUCCGGUUAACACACUCGCUGUACAUAGAAGUCGAUACCUUACUGGAUUAUCAAAAUAUGUCCUUGGAUUGUGUCGUUUAAGUGUUUGUAUGAUGUCAUAUUGUAUCUUGUAUUGCUUUUUGCUGUCACAGAAUAAUGGAAGUGUAUUUCAGAGAUUCUUAGUGCUUAUGCAACUGAGUUAAAAUUUGAUAAGAUCAA